AUGUACGGAGCCUCAUGGAUUGAAGCUCUCAAAUGCUAUUGGCUGGAAGGACGGCCAGAUGAGGAGCAUUAUACACACGCAGCCAGGCUUUCGAAGCGACUUGUGGAGGAGCGCGACCGCUUGAACAUAUCAAAUUUGGGUCCAUCCAGCGGUCAGCAAGCCUCCAGCGAAACAAGCUGGGACUGCCUGCUGCAGCAGGGUAUGAGCAGCAGAGAUGGGUCAAGUCGCGGGAGUCGGUCGUCAGCUGAUAAAGCUGCCGCACGAAAAUCUCGACAAAUUUCGACUGGACAGACUGAGCGAUCUACUCGAAAUAGCUGA